AUGAACGAAGGAAGGGCUACACCAAAGACAUCAGCAAGGCCGGCGAAGAAGCAGAAACCCAGCGACGACAAGCCUGGAGCACAAAAGCCUAGGCUCACCACUCCGGACCUGGAAUUCGAGUAUGAUCGAUCUCAGCUACGGGACUCAAGACCUACCCCAGGAAGAAUAGCAAGACCACGGUACGACAAAUUCAGUCUAUCAGAAGAUCUGAAUCAGCACUUUGAGAAUGACUUCUACGUUCCAAAGCCCGAAAGGCCUCCAGGCCGGUUGGACAGGGUCCAGAAAGACGAACUGUUUGUUGAACAGUCAAGACUCGAUCCGAGAGCCGCUUUCCACGACCUACAUAAAUGUCUCGACAAAGGUCCAAAUGGCUCGCCCACUGCCGACAAUGCUGGGUUCCAAUUGGACUACGAGAAGGUGCAAGAUUGGGACAGACCGCAGCCAUACAACAAGAGAGCCAUGAUCCGCGGAAUGGACAGAGCAGUUGACAAGGCACGUAGUGAGGAAGAUCAAAUCUUUGACGUAUUCUUUGUUGACGGCGAACGUCCUGAUGACAAUGCAUCUCAUCUCGCGAAAGAUUACGUCAAAGAUCAGAUCUCCAAAGAUUUGAACGUUCCGUGGCAUCAAAUCAACCCAGAUCAUGCGAAGCAGUGGGAGAAGCAGGGGUUCAAAAAGGUUGUGUACAAAAGUUGGUGGAAGGAGCCCACACAGGAAGAAAGGAGAAGGUUCAGCAAUAUGUUGAAGGGUGCUGCGUUGAGGAAGGACCUGUGAAGCGAUACCGUAAAAAACAAGAAAUAGCGUCU